CUGCACUCCCGACCUACAGCAAAGGUCGUGGGAAACAGCCCAGCCCUCAGACCCUCCACUAAACCAGUCCGCACCGCUCGAGACGCAAAGUUCCACGCGGCGCUCCCUUCGAACUCGGGACUCACCACCGCCUUCCAACCAUCGAACCCAGAGCCUGUGGCCGUCCGCGUCAGUGCCUGAUGGAGCUCGCCCAGCUAUUUUUCUUUUCAUUUUUCACCGCACAGAGAUUUAACACAGAUACACGUAUCGAUUAGUGUUCCAAUAAUUUAAUGUAUUUAAAUCCGGCUUGACUUCUACAGCUUGUCCCUGUUUGUUUUUGAACAGGCCGAUGCCUCGGACACCUACACGGGGUCCUGGAAGUUCCUGGUCUGUUUUUCCCUCUCCGGACACGCCUCUUCCUGGGGGCGGGGUCGUGGGUGAGCGCGGCCAGCGGCGUCCCCGCCACUGCGCAGCCGCAGGAGGACGGUACCACGGCGCCUGCGACAUGGGGGGGCGCGGAGGAGACGCCGGAAGUCGCGGUGGUACGGGUCGGCCUGAGGGGUACUCAGUACCCGCAGUCUCUACCCGCGCGGCGGCCAGAGCCCAGGCCCGUGGGGGUGGGCGUGGCGGUCGCCGGAACACAACCCCGUCCGUUCGCAGUCGGCGCGGGGCGGCGCCGCGUCGCUCGCCUUCACCAGCGGCCAUGAGCGAGCGCCUCCGCCCCAGGAAAAGGAGACGAAAUGGCAAUGAUGAUGACAGCUACCUCCCACCCCAGACCAAAAGAAGCAGUAGGAAUACCAUCUUCCAGGACUCCUGGGACACAGAGUCUUCGAGCAGCGACAGCGGUGGGAGCAGCAGCAACAGCAGCAUCAACAGCCCGGACAGGGCCAGUGGGCCAGAGAGCAGCUUGAGCCAUAUCAUCCCUGGAUCCUGCCCCAGCACCCCCCAGCCGGUGCUGCCCGAGCAGUCUGCACUGUGCCAAGGCCCUUACUUCCAUAUCAAUCAGACCCUGAAGGAGGCCCAUUUUCACAGCCUACAGCACCGAGGCCGGCCUCUGACAUGAUGCUCCGGCAGUUUCUUGCCUUCUGUGAAGGGACAGCACUGUGCAGAUUGGAUAUUUCAACUUAAUGAUUUGUUUUUAAAAGUUGCACACAGAAAAAAAAAUGCCUGUUGGCUUUCAGUCUAUAUUUGAGUAUUGGGUCAGCAGGCAGCUGUUUACUUGGGGUUUUGCUGCAUUAUUGCAAUUUCAGAGGGGCUUGGGAGCAAUUAUUUAUAGGGUUCUUUUGAGAGAGGGCAUCAAGUCCAUGUCAUGGCACUGUUUGCGGAAGUCUCUGACUGAUUUCCACAUCUGUCAGUUAGAUAUUUACUGUAUGUAAGAGCCUCUUAAAAAUGUGGGAUCUUUAGUUUUUUUUUUUUUUAACUCAAUAAACUAGUAAAGAAUAUCUAGUUUCCAUGGGAAAAAAAAAAAAAACCCGUAAGUUUUCUCCCCAAAUAUAGGAAGUUUGACUCAGUCUUGCACUGACGUUAACUGGCAUACUACCUCUUAGUGUGUAGGUGUCCACGGAAAGUCCUUCCUGGAAGGGAACAGUCGCCUACCCUGAAGGCCGUGAAGCCAAGCACUUUGCCUGCCUGGUUGUGGUCUGUCACACAUUUGUAUUCCCAGAGAGGAUGUCACUUCCAUAUCUGUUUUCUUCUAGUCUUCACUGCAGAUGCUACAGAGAACCCCACAGUCUAAGAAAUACCUAGUAACUGUCUACAGAUCUGCAUAUUAACAGCUUAACUGCUAACCGUGCAGUGCCCAUAGCCAAGGCAGUGUCAGUGCUGAUGAAGCACAAGCUGCCUGCUAGCUAAGGAGUGAGGCUUUAACUCAUGCUUGACAGCACCCCUGCCUGCUAGGGGGCCACAUUCCAUCAUCAGAACCGGGAAGAUUGGGGCAGUGUAGAAACACAAGCAGAGGCACCUCUGGGAAAGCGAUGCAGUAGUAUUUAAUUAGAGAGCCUGGGCGUUGUUUCCAUGCUACUUUGUCAUACUAGAGAGCCAGGCAAGCUUGAAUAAGGAAGAUGCAGGUGAGUCGUCUUCCUCGCUGGCGAGCUGUCUGAACAAGGAGCCAGGAUGUGUUGGGUCACCUGCUCUGGAGAGUGCUGGGGGGCCAACCUGCCAUUAGAGGAAGAGGAAGUGCCUUAAGCCUCCUGCCAGCUCCCCCUCCACUGCACCCCACUCAGGCCACACAACACAGGCAGCAGCACUGAGGAGCAGGGAUGGCUCUAGUAAGAAGGGUCCUCGGGAGCUGCUGGACCAGAGCAGGCUAGACUGUGAUACAGCUACAGUCUGAAGAUGGCCCACGCCAGGAAGAGUGGACAUGCGGCUGCUGCUCGGAGGGUCACAGCAUGGAAGCCAGCUGUGUGACAUGGGAGCUAGUGUCAUGAAGCCCGGAGGUCAGAAAGGCCUUUCUUUUAGGAUUGUCUUCCAGAUUUUAAAACCCUGUGUUUGUUGAGGACGCAAAUCUUACUGGGUUUGCUGACAGGGAAUGUGGGAAAGGAGACUUCUGGAAUUCUAUCUAACAGUCAGGCAAACAGUGCUCUAAGAAAAGCUGUCAAGCACACAUGUACACAACACAAUCCAGAAAUACCCAGGAGGGCUCCUGCAGGCUUAAUGGAUGGUGUCCUACCAAAACAAAACAUGUAUUAAUAAAACAAUGCUCAAGAAAGCACACUUCUUCCUGUUUCCCACCCAGCUAAAGGCACAGAUGAGACCAUCUGCAAGACAAGGGUCUGUUCCCCAUGCUCUGGCAAUGCUGGAGCCAGUCACCAGUCACUCUCUUUACCCUGCAACAUGCAAGAAACCACCUCUGUCCUGUGCUGUGUGUUCUUGACGGGCUGGGGCUGGGGCUGGGUACCUACUCGAGCCAGUGGGCAUCUUUCUAUGAGCUCAAGCUAGUGAAACCUUGUAUUCUUGUGCCGCCAUUAAAAAGCAGCCUUAGUGCAUUGCCA